AUGAAUCUACUUCAGCUGCAGACGACUAUGAAUACAACACCUUCGAUCAUUGUCGACUGGAACGACGAGGGUCUAUAUUGGCUAACCAACGAUAAGAGCAAAAGCGCUGACCUGCAAAUGGACAAUGAAAAUGGAACUCGCAACGCCAAUCUUACAAAUACCGGAAGGAAUGAAGCGCUUGCCCAAGCAGAAAUUUGUGUGUUGGGUACAAUUUUAUGUAUGGCCUUACUGGGCAAUUUGAUGGUUAUUGUUGUUCUUAUGUACAGAAAAAGGAAAUUAAGUCGAAUGAAAAUGUUCAUAAUCCAUCUAGCGGUUGCAGAUAUUUCGGUAGCCCUAUUUCAAGUAUUGCCUCAACUUGUGAUGGAUAUAACAUUUAAAUUUGAUGGAAACAAUUUUCUUUGUAAGCUUGUAAAGUACAUGCAAGUUGGAACAAUGUAUAGCUCCACCUACGUACUUAUCAUGACCGCAUUAGACCGUUAUAUGUCCAUUUGUGAUCCGCUAAAUUCGCAGACGUGGACAACAAAGAGAAUUUGCCACGUAGUUUGGGUCAGCGUGAACGCAAAAGAGACGCAUAACGCAGUCAAGCGCAAAACACACUACAGAAAUGGGUCUUCGCAGUAUAACACCGAGGAGACGGUUACUAACCCCAGAGCUCACUCAAAGAAAAUGUCAAAGUCCAAAAUCAAGACUGUGAAACUUACACUUACAGUUGUGAUCUGCUUUAUCGUAUGUUGGGCGCCAUUCUUCAUUACACAGAUGUGGGCGGCCUUUGAUAUGAACGCACCUUACUUUACAAGUGAUUGUCUCAAGCUUCUGGCCAGUUUAAACUCUUGUACCAAUCCUUGGAUUUAUCUCGCGUUCUCCGACAAAUUCUGCAAGACAAGAAAACCAACUACAACGUCAACUGCAAACACAUACCUAUCGGACUCCUCAGAGCGGGAUCAUCUACGGUUACGGCAAUUAAAUCCGGAUAAUACGUCACUGUCCAUGUCAAGGUCAUUCAAUGACCAAUAAUUGACUAGAUUUAGACCGAUCUAUGACACUAUUGAUGCUUAAUUAUUAUAUACUGAAACCAUGCCACACAUUUUAAAGCAUGGAAAUAUAAGAUGUAAUCAUAUCGAAUCAGCAUUCGUUUGGGAAACUAUGACUUUAAACUUGGCACAUUAAACUUAAAAUACGAUGAAAUAUAUUUUGAAGUAAGUGACUGCUAGAGAAACGUAUGGUCGAGAUUUACAUUUGGUUUAGUUUGAGUUAGCUGUGAUUUGUUUUAAUCAAUUAUUGUCUAUAGUGGUGUGUUCGUUUUUGUA